AGAAAUAGCUGUGAAAAAAGAAGAAGCAGAUGUUGAAUUAGCUGCAGCAUUACCAGCAUUAGAAGAAGCACGACGUGCCGUUAAAGAAUUAACAAAAGAUCAAAUUGCUGAAAUUCGUGGUUUUAAAGCACCUACAGCACCAGUAGCAAAUGUUUGCCGUUCUGUAUUAGCUAUUUUACGUCCUCAAAGUGCUGAUACAUGGGCCGAAUGUCAAGCAAUGAUGGCUGAUAUUAAUUUUUUAGACACUUUAGUUAAUGUUGCAAUUGAAAAAUUAUCACAAGCAACUGAACGUAAAUUACGAACAAUUUUAGAUUUAUUAGAUGAAAGUUUAUUAAAAGAUGUAAAUAAUGUUAUACCAGAUCCUGAACGAAAAAAUGAAUAUAUGCAACAAUUAAUGUCAAAAAAAUCUCAAGCAGGCGCUGGUCUACUAAAAUAUUCUCAAAAUGUUUUAAAUUGUGUUCGUAUUUAUCGUGUUGUUAAACCAAAAUCAGAUAUGGUCAUGCGAUUACAAUCUGAAGCAAAACGUGCACAAGAUGAUUUAAAUAAUACAC